AUGCCAGAGGGGACUUACAAGAUCCACGUUCCCGCAACGUCGGCCAACAUCGGCCCAGGUUUCGACGUCUGCGGCAUCGCCCUCGGUCUCUCCCUCGACCUGAUCGUGACUGUCCCGCCCCAGUCUUCCUCGGACGACCUGGCCCGCGACCCAGUAAUCACCUAUUCCGGGUUGGACUCUGCGACCGUCCCUCUGAGCCCGUACAAGAACCUCCUCACCCGCGUUGCGCUCUAUGUCCUCCGGUCUCACAACAAGGACUUUCCCCGUGGUGUCUCCAUCGCAGCCCACAAUGAGAUCCCCUUCGGUCGCGGUCUCGGAUCCUCGGGCGCGGCUGUCAUUGCAGGCGUGAUGCUCGGCGACCUCCUUGGCGACCUCAACCUGUCCACCGAGCGUUUGCUGGACUUUGCACUCAUGGUCGAGCGGCAUCCCGACAACGUCACCGCCGCACUCGUUGGUGGGUUCGUCGGGUCGUACCUCCGCGAACUCCCCCCGAAGGACUUGGAGACGGCAUCGGUGCCCCUCGCCGAGGUGUUGCCCGAGUACCCGCCCGACGCUGGACCGGACUGGGGUAAGGAACCCCCCGUUGCACCCCAGGGGAUCGGACACUUUGUCCGCUUUGGCUGGGCCAAGGAGAUCAAGGCUAUCGCAGUCAUGCCGAGGUUCGAGCUUGCUACAGCCAAGGCGCGCGGUGUGCUACCGAACGAGUACAGCCGGAAGGAUGUGAUCUUCAACCUCCAGCGCCUGGCGGUGCUUACCACCGCGCUCGCGCGCUCCCCGCCCAGCGCGGAACUAAUCUACGAGGCAAUGAAGGACCGUCUGCACCAGCCGUACCGCGUGCCUCUUAUCCCCGGCCUCGACAAGAUCAUCGCCCUCAGCCCAGAGUCCAACCCCGGCCUAUGCGGUAUCUGCCUCUCUGGGGCAGGACCGACUAUCCUCGCCCUUGCGACGGACAACCACGAGGUUAUUGCGCGCGACAUUGAGCGGAUAUUCGCCGAGCACAACGUCGAGUGCGACUACAAGGUGCUCGACAUUGACACCAAGGGGUCUUGGGUUCAGAAGCAGGCCGAGGAGCAGAGCUGGUCGGACUGGCUGUGGAGCUGGCUCGGGUACUAG